AGGAAGGCACUUUGGAAACUGUGAUUUUUAGAUAGAGGUACUAUUUUGCCAAAAAACAUUAUGGUGGUAAUGAUGUUAGUGAUAAUGAUGUAUUUGUGAUCAUUAUCAUUAUCAUUAUCACAGUUCCAGAUCCUUUAAAGCACAAAAUUCUGUCUCUCUCCAGGUCAACCCUUCAAGUUGGACCCAAAGACGGCCCACAAGAAGCUUCGUCUGUCCAACGACUGCCUGACCAUGGAGAAGGACGAGAGCUCGCUGAAGAAGAGCCACACCCCGGAGCGUUUCAGCGGCACGGGCUCCUAUGGAGCAGCUGGUAAUGUCUUCAUUGACAGCGGGUGCCACUACUGGGAAGUGCUGCUGGGAGCGUCCACAUGGUAUGCCAUUGGCGUGGCUUACAAAUCAGCCCCGAAAAACGAAUGGAGCGGCAAGAACUCAUCCUCAUGGGUGUUCUCGCGCUGCAAUAACAACUUUAUGGUGCGCCACGACGGCAAGGAGAUGCUGGUGGAGGCGAGCCUGCAGCUGAGGCGGCUGGGCGUCCUUCUGGACUAUGACAACAAUUCGCUGUCCUUCUACGACGCCAUGAACUCCCAGCACAUUCACACCUUCGAAAUCUCCUUCCUCCUGCCCGUGGUACCCACUUUCAUGAUCUGGAACAAGUCAGUCAUGAUACUCUCAGGGCUACCCGUCCCCGACUUUGUCGAUGGUGUGGCCUCGGAUCUUCAAGAGCAGCAACAGCAGCAGAUGGGCCUGUGCCGGCAAGAGUCGCCGUACUUGACCGGGAUGAAAACCUGCCACUGAGAAAAGGGGCCUGCCAGAUGGCCUAACAGAGUCCACUCAGGCCCGGUGACUGAAAGGUUGACUGGAAGCUGAAAGACGGUGUGACUUGAGUCUUGCUCUAAUCUUCAUUAUGAGCAGACUAGUUACUUUUUUACAGAUUUAGAAAGUGAUGGAAUUAUGCACACAAGUCUGGAAAAAAAUGUCAGUCCUGUUAGUUUGUAGCCAUCCAACGCUUUGAAAAUCCAUCAGUGAAUGGGAACAAGGUCUCUUGACUGUAAAUGUCAGCGGACGUCAUCCAAUGCCCUGGAGUCACUGAGGAAGAGAGCUUUGGUCCGUCAUUGGGCAGGGCUGGACUCCUGGUUUUCUUGACCAUUUAAGGUCUUCCUUUUUGAUUUUUUUUUUUUCUCUUGGUUUGACCCUAGGCAGAAGACCAAGAAGGGAAUAGUCUCGUCAGCCAUUUAGAGUUUGAAGUACAACAUGUGAACAGUGUCAUUACUAAAUGCCUCCACUGGUGUUGAUUAAAACCGCAAAAACAUAGGCAGCAAAAAAGAAUCUGGUGACUACAGACAUAUUAAUAUGAAAUGUCACAUCAAGCUCUUGUCAAAUGAUCAAAUUUUAUAUUUGAUGAAAUGAUCUUAAUUAACAGUUAAUGGAAAAGUUGCUUCUUUGGCAAGAGUUAUAAAGUGAACAAGCAUGUCUCAGAACAUUUAUUUUGUUCAAUGUGAAUGUGUUUUCCUUGAGUUUUUACUGUGUGAGCAUCUCACUAACGCAAAUACAUGCAAGCAAUGGACUUGGUUACGUCACAACAAGGUGCGUCAUAAAUCCUCCAGUGUCACUGUUCAUAUGUUGCACCCUCAGUCGCUGUGUGUGAUUGUUGCUAAAGUCUUUUCCUUGGUCUUCCUCCUAGAUCUGACCCAAGCAGCUUCCAAGUUUCAGGAAGUGUUAACGUUGCUCCCGGAUAAUUAACAAGGUCACAGGGGGGUAUAGAUUUGCAUCAUGUGACUACUCGACUUGUAUAAUAAGAGGUUUAUUGAAUACUAGAGGAAAAAGUGUUAUUUAUGACAAAAAAGGAUGGUUUACUUUUAAUAUUAAUCUCAACAUAUUCAUGCACUUUUUAAUUAACACUAUUUCCCCUCUAUGAGUAUUUGAAUAGUUGAGUGGCAGGGUCACAAUGGGGAGAGAAAGAGAUGACUAGCACUACUGCUGGUUGUGUUCAGUCAUUUUUUACAAAAUAAUUUAUGAUCAGUUGUUAAUGAUGGUUGCCAAAUAUUAACUAUACAAUUGUUUAUUGCAAUAAAAAACUGUUCGAGCUAUUUUUUUGUUUUGCAAACACCUAAUUUGGUCACUUAAAGCACUUUGCAAUAAGACAGAAGUCUCUGCUGUAAAGUUGUAAAGUUUUUUUCUCUGUGCUUUGAACACAACCAGUGACUUUCCCUCCCCAUUGGUCUUUUCGAUAGCAUAUAGUAAAUCUUCUUUAGAAAAGGGAUACAAUUGUGAUGAUGUUUAUGUGAUUUUUAUCACGAUAAAAUGACGAUAAACUAAUAGCUGUUUAACAAAGAAGUUCACUCUGUUUUUGACUAUUUCAGGGAAGGAGAGGGUUAACACUUUAACUUGCUGUCUGUCGCAAUGUCAUGGCAUGAUUGUGUUCUCCUCUGUGAUUUGUUAACACACACGCACACACACAUACACACGCGCGCACCAACACACGUCAUGUUUCGUUUAGGUUGGCCUUGUCGUGAUAAAUGCAUGAUACAUUGUAGGAUCCCACAACAGUCCACUGGGUGAUUUACGUAGCUCUCUCAAGUUCACAAGAUCUCGUGUUCAUCAGAUGCAGACUCACCUGAACAUUCGCUCACAACCGACUUAACCUCAAAUAUUUUUUCUUUCUUUCUUUUUGUGUCACCCAUUGCUUCUCAAAUAACAGCUGUGGCUGGAUCCAUUGUUUUCUUAUUAUUUGGAAUUUGAAGGCCUAGUGUGGGUGGCAGUUUCUCUCUGGUUUGAUAUUCAGGUUGUGGCUCUGAUUCAGACAAUCAAAUAUGUAUCAUAGUGUAUUCAGAUUGAAGAGGUUGUGUGGCAGAAGAAGUGCAGAGGGAUUGUGAUAAAGUUGUGUUGGAAAAAGAUGUUUUCAUACCAUCUGGUUAGAUCUGACAAACUCACAGCCAUUUUUUUCUCUCUUUACACGUCACCAGGUAUGUACUCGAUGUUGAAUGUCAUGUAACAUUUGUAGUGACAGGCUAUGAUUUGCGUGACUUUAAAAAACAGGCGUACCUGGCAAACACACACUGCUUUCAAUCAUUUGAUAGUAACCUUGGUUUCUUAUUGACAAGUCCAAACAAAGAUCCAGUGAUGUCGUGGCCUCUCAGUGCACCUCUCAACCUGCAGUGUUCUUUUAGGGCGACUGGGUGACGCGUCCAUCAUGAUUAUUUGAUUGAGGUUUUGAUUGUCUGAUUGUCAAAGUUAACCCCAACAGGAGCUCCAGUAUGAGAGGGUUACGGUUAUUUCUUCUGUCAGGGAGAUUAGUGAAUGUUACCUGACUUCCAGACAUCCACCCAUCUUGUUGGAUAAUGUCGGUUGUAGGGAUCGAAACAGCCGCGUGUUGACUCGUGAUCCGGACUGACAAGCUCAACUCAUCUGUGCAAAUGUGCUUGGCUGGGUCACUGCAUGAUUACGUGACCUUGCUGCAGGUUCAUAACUCUUUCCUUAUCUUCACGAUGAGGUUUCUUAUCUCGAGUCAAACAUAUUCUCUCUUUUUUUCCCAAAAGAAAAAAGAAAAAAAAAAGAAACCAUGACAAGAAAUGUUCAUUGCCAUGCAUAUCAGAUCGUUUGCAGUGCUCUUUCUUUCUUUGUGUCACAAGUCAAUACAGUAAAAUAUAUACAGUGAAUGAUUUUCAAUAGCUACCCACUCCUUGUAGUGCAGUGUAAUACCCUAGAGACAAUGCAAUAGAUUCUCCUUUUUGCUUUUCUGUUUGUGUAACUUGGGAAAUUUAUUUUUUACGACUCAAGAGAAAAACGCUCCUCUCCUUUUGGCAUUUGGACCUUGAUAAACAGCACAAAAAGAGCUGCUUUGCUUUCAUGCAAGGCUUCCAGUUUCCAUAGAUAUAAUUUUAGCCAGAGAGGAAUGUAAAUCAUAGGGGGAAAUAUAUAUUAUAUAAAGUUGUAUAAUAUACAAAAUAUAUAUGAACCAAUGUUAUUUAUGUGAAUUUAAGUCCAAUUAAAAGUCUGAUCCCAGA